CGCAAACAUGUAUACAUGCCAGUUUCCGGUUAGAGUAUAUUUCCUUUCCUUUCUAAUCAUCCAAGAUGGUUAAUGUACCGAAACAAAGACGUACUUUUUGCAAAAAGUGCAAAGUGCACAAGCCCCAUAAAGUAACACAAUACAAGAAAAGCAAAGAACGUCAUGCAUCGCAAGGUAGAAGACGUUACGAUCGUAAACAACAAGGUUUUGGUGGUCAAACUAAGCCUAUUUUCAGGAAGAAGGCAAAAACUACAAAAAAGAUUGUCUUAAGAAUGGAAUGUACGGAAUGCAAAUACAGAAAACAAAUUCCUCUUAAAAGAUGUAAACAUUUUGAACUGGGAGGUGACAAGAAGAGAAAGGGACAAAUGAUUCAGUUCUAGGGUGAAGUUAUGUAUAUUAAAUUUCUCUAAUGUAUUUAAUAAGAAAUGAAAUAAAUCCUUCUGAAUUUGUA